GUUCACGAUUGAAAUGGCGCGAAGUCGUCCAGGUACCCGCACAGCGAUCCUUGCACAUAAAGCGUCACCCAUAACGCGUGUUUAGCAGAAAACAACACCUUAACCUCGAUCCUCUGCAUGCCAAGCCCCUGAAACUGGCCAGUAACCUGGAGAGCACCCUGCUAGAAGUCGAGUGAGGGUCGGAGGCGCAGCAAGACUGGCCGCAGUUGCUCGCGGGCCACUUGGCCCGCCUGCAGGUGGCGCUGGGGGCCUAAUCAUGGACAAGUAUGAGAAGCUCGAGCGGGCUGGAGAGGGCACUUAUGGUGUCGUCUUCAAAGCUCGCGACCGAUACACCAACGAAAUUGUAGCGCUGAAGAAAAUUAGGCUGGAGCAGGAGGAUGAGGGCGUGCCUAGCACAGCCAUUCGGGAAAUUUCGUUCCUUAAAGAGCUGCGCCACGACAAUGUUGUCCGGCUCUACGACGUGCUCUACAGCGACCGCCGAUUGUACUUGGUGUUCGAAUUCCUGGACCUGGACCUUAAAAAGCAGAUGGACCAGACGCCGAACUUCAGCCGGAAUCAGCGCGUCAUCAAGAUGUACAUGUGGCAGAUGCUGAGCGGUAUCGCCUUCUGCCACUCGCGGCGUAUCCUGCACCGCGAUCUGAAGCCGCAGAACCUGCUCAUCGACCGCUCGCGCAACACGCUCAAGCUGGCGGACUUCGGGCUGGCGCGCGCGUUCGGGAUUCCCGUGCGCGCUUACACGCACGAGGUAGUGACACUGUGGUACCGCGCACCCGAGAUCCUGCUGGGCAGCAAGACCUACUCCACCCCCGUGGACAUCUGGUCCAUCGGCUGCAUCUUUGCCGAGAUGGUCAACCACCGCCCGCUGUUCCCGGGCGACUCGGAAAUUGACCAGCUGCACAAGAUUUUCCAGCUGCUGGGCACUCCUGAUGAGGCCAUGUGGGCGGGCUGCAGCGCGCUGCCCGACUUCAAGGACACCUUCCCCAAGUGGCGCCCCCAGAACCUGGGGGCAGCGGUCCCAACCCUAAGCCCCGAGGGCGUGGACUUGCUGGCGCGCAUGCUGGUGUACACGCCACAGCACCGCAUCACGGCCAGCGCGGCCAUGGAGCACGCCUACUUCAACGAGAUCCGCGACACCAUGCGGGCCGCAGUGGCGCCGGGCGGGGGCGGCAUGGGAGGUGGCAUGGGCGGCAUGGGGGCGAUGGGAGGGAUGGGCGGCGGAAUGGGCGUGAUGCGCUGAUGAGCAGCAGCACCGGUGCCGGCGUGCAGCGACAGGUGGUUUCAUGUGGUGGAGAACCGUGCCAUAUUGGCUGAAAGUGCCGGUGUGAGCGCGGGCAGGCUGGACAUAGGUUUGCUGGCGCAAGCGUGGUCUCAGGGGCGUAUUGUUUGCUGCAAGGAGAUAUACGGAUACGGCGGCGUGCAAAUGGACUUUCUAUGCGGUGACUAGGCAUUUAUUCUUCACGGCAGGUGGGGCUAAUAGUUGCGGGUCACAUCCCGCUACGACUGACAUACCGUUAGCGUUUGACUUGGUUCUAUGUGGAUAUGGGUCGGCAAAUGCAAGAGCGUGCGGAGGUGGGCGCUUCCGCAGCGGCCAAAGUGAAUCCCGUGAGAGGCGUGUGUGGUCCGUCGUUUGCGCCUGGUAGUCAGGCAGGUCAGCCGACAUGGCAGUGUCAGGGAUGAAGUGUACGGCAAUGGGCACUACGGGCACGUGAACUUCUGGUGCACGGCUCAACGGCCGGCGCUUGUGGUAGCUCGGGACGAAUUUGAGCAUGGGACUUGUACAGAGUGGGGUCGGCAGGGGCCCUGCCGCAGGGCGCACGGUCAUGGGAACACACCAGAGCAAUGGCUGUAAGCCAGGGGUUCGCUGUAACUUGCGCCCUGA